AUGGAUGAUGGAUAUAGAAACACAAACCAGGUCUCCGAUGACUACAGGUACCAGGAUGGCAACUACGAUGCACCCAACGAUGGCUACUACCGGGGCAGGAAUGAGCCCGCGCAGGACGAGGAUGCCCAGAGUGAUGUUACAGAAGGCCACGAUGAGGAUGAUGAGGUCUAUGAGGGGGAGUACCAAGGGAUCCCACACCCAGAUGACAUUAAAGAAAAGCAGAAGAAGCGAGCCCCUGCCAUGGAUGAUGAGUACAGAGACCGUGCUGACCUUAUGGCCGAGAGGAUGGAGGAUGAGGAGCAACUUGCCCACCAGUAUGAGAACAUCAUUGAGGAGUGUGGCCACGGACGCUUCCAGUGGACUCUCUUCUUUGUUUUAGGGCUGGCACUGAUGGCAGAUGGGGUGGAGGUGUUUGUGGUUGGAUUUGUUCUUCCCAGUGCUGAGAAGGAUAUGUGCUUGUCCAGUUCCAACAAAGGGAUGCUGGGCUUGAUAGUCUACUUAGGAAUGAUGGUGGGGGCUGUCUUGCUGGGCGGCCUCGCUGAUAAACUGGGAAGAAAGCAAUGCCUCAUCAUAUCACUUGCAAUCAAUGCUGCCUUUGCGUUCCUCUCCUCCUUCGUCCAGGGAUAUGGAUUCUUCCUCUUCUGCCGCCUUAUCUCAGGCCUCGGUACUGGGGGCACACUCCCCAUCGUGUUUGCCUAUUUCUCUGAAUUCCUGUCUCGUGAGAAGAGGGGGGAACACCUGAGCUGGCUUUGCAUGUUCUGGAUGAUUGGUGGAAUUUAUGCUUCAGCAAUGGCUUGGAGCAUCAUCCCACAUUACGGCUGGGGGUUCAGUAUGGGAACCAAGUACCACUUCCACAGCUGGAGAGUCUUUGUACUCGUGUGCGCUCUGCCCUGCAUUGCCUCCCUGGUGGCGCUGAAAUUCAUGCCUGAAAGCCCACGGUUUUUGCUGGAGAUUGGUAAACAUGAUGAAGCUUGGAUGAUACUCAAGCAAGUUCAUGACACCAACAUGCGGGCCAAGGGUGAGCCAGAGAGGGUGUUUACGGUUUCCUAUAUCAAAACUCCAAAGCAAGUAGAUGAAUUUAUUGAAAUCCAGAGCUCAACAGGGACCUGGUACCAGCGGUGGCUGGUCAGAAUCACGACUACUUUAAAACAGGUUUGGGACAACGUGCUAUACUGUUUAACAGCCCAGUACAGGAUGAACACACUGAUGCUGGCUGUGGUUUGGUUUACAAUGGCCUUAAGUUACUACGGCCUUAUUGUGUGGUUCCCUGACAUGAUCCGAUAUUUCCAAGAUGAGGCAUAUGAAUCCCGAGUGAAGAUCUUUGAUGAGGAAGAAGUGUCCCAUUUCACCUUUAAUUUCACCUUGGAAAACCAGAUCCACAGAAAUGGGGAAUACAGAAAUGACAAAUUUAUUGGCAUGAAAUUCAAGGAAGUGAGAUUUGAGGAUUCAUUAUUUGAAGACUGCUACUUUGAAGAUGUGAGAUCCAGUGAGACCUUCUUUGAAAACUGCACCAUCAUCUCUACUGUCUUUUAUAACACUGAUCUCUAUGAACACAAAUUCAUCAACUGCAGGCUCAUCAACAGCACGUUCAUGAAGGAGAAGGAAGGCUGCCACAUUGACUUUGAGGAGGACAAUGAUUUUCUGAUCUACCUGGUCAGCUUCCUGGGCAGCCUGUCUGUGCUGCCAGGCAACAUCAUCUCUGCGUUGCUCAUGGACAAAAUUGGGAGGAUAAAGAUGAUUGGUGGCUCAAUGCUGAUUUCAGCCGUGUGCUGCUUCUUCCUGUUCUUUGGGAACAGCGAGUCGGCGAUGAUCGGCUGGCAGUGCCUCUUCUGUGGGGCCAGCAUCGCUGCCUGGAACGCCCUGGAUGUCAUCACCGUGGAGCUCUACCCCACGGACAAAAGGGCAACAGCCUUUGGCAUCCUCAAUGGGAUUUGCAAGUUUGGUGCCAUCCUGGGGAACUCCAUCUUUUCCUCCUUUGUAGGGAUAACCAAGGUGGUUCCCAUCCUCCUGGCCUCCUCUGCUCUGGUGGGAGGUGGUCUGCUCGCCUUGCGCCUGCCAGAGACUCGAGAACAGGUCCUGAUGUGA